GUUCUUCCCACCUCUCAAUUGCUCCAAAAUGACAGCCAACACGCAGCCGAGAGUCCUGCUGUUUGGUGCUGGUGGUAUUGGGACCGUCUAUCUCUGGCUGCUGUCGAAAAAGUCGACUACUACCGCUGUCUGUCGAUCCAACUACGACGUUGCAAAGAAGGAUGGCUUCAUCAUCAACUCCUCAAUCUUCGGUCAAGGCAUCCACUUCAAGCCAAACGUCGUGCGGAGCUGCGAAGAGGCAGCGUCUGCAAAUACACCCCCGUUCGACUACAUCGUAGUGUGCAGCAAAGCUAUUCCCGGCACUGUACCCAAGUGGAUCGCUCCAGUCGUAACUCCAGGACAUACUGCAAUCGUGCUGCUUCAGAAUGGAGUCGGUAUAGAAGAAGAGUACCGCACGGCCUUCCCAAGUAAUCCGAUCGUCAGCACAGUACUAUACCUCCCCGUGACUCAACGACCGGCAGGCGUCAUCAACCAUGGCGAGACAGAAGGAAUCGAGAUUGGCGCAUACCCCUCGUCUGCACCUGACCAACAUGCCAAAGCUUUUACACGUCUCAUCCAAUCUGCCGGCGCCACUGCUGUCCUUCACGAGGAUAUUCAGCUGAUCAGGUGGACCAAGCUCCUCAUCAACGCGCCUUGGAACCCAAUAUGUGCACUUGCAUUCAGCAAGGACACUGAUGUGCUCGAAAGUUACGACGGAGCCCCUGGUGUCAUUGAAGCUGUAAUGUUAGAGAUCAGAGAUAUCGCAGUAGCACACGGAUACAACAUCACUAUGGAGAAAGUGCAGUUCGAGCUUAGCCGCGCAAAGGCACGGAUACCUAUUCAUGCCGGCAUCGAGCCGAGCAUGCUGCAAGACGUGCAGACUGGCCGACGGAUAGAAGUUGAAGCCAUAGUCGGAAACCCAGUCAGGAUGGGCAAAGCUAAAAGUGUCAAGUGCGACAGGCUGGAGCUCUUGUACGUUCUCGCGAAGACACUAGACUUGCACUUGGGUAGAAAGCUUGACGCAUGAGGUCAAGGUAUAACGAUGCUCUCGCUCUCAACUCGUCUUGCCGCAUAACCAUCCUGCUAAAUUCUAUAAACAGCUCUUGUCGCUCAGG